AGAAACCCUCGGGAGGGGAGCCCAGAACCCCGGGCCUCCGGAGGGCCCGACUGGGACUCCCCAAACGCCAUUCAGCGGCUUUUCGAUCCCCUAGGCUAUGUUGUAUCUGAGCUGGAGGACCACAUUUCCCUGCUUCAUGAAUACAAUGACAUUAAAGAUGUGGGCCAGAUGUUAAUGGGAAAAUUAGCCAGGAUCAGAGGUGUGACCACCAAGGAGCUGUAUCCUGAAUUUGAUCUGGAUAUGAAUGACUAAACAGAAAGAUGGAUUCACCUGCACCCUCCCUAUCCAGGGUUAGGUGAAAAGACCCAAGGAAAGCAUGAAGAAACCUACAAGACUUCUAAGUGAGGCCACCAAAGCAGAGAAAGUAUUCUUAAGUGCUUUUCUAGAAAAGCUAGACUCAUUUAGAAGGAAACAUGGGUAUGUGGGCAUUAAGGGAGCAAAUCAGAAUUCUCAGUUCUACAAUGCUCUUAAUUCUGAGUAUUUUAGGGAAUCUAUCAGUAGCAUCCUUAAGUAUACAUUAUAUUUAAAAAAUCAUUUUUCUCAUCCAUAGUUUUGGAAUUCUUAUUAAUUUGUAUGAUGCUUCUUGUAUCUUCAAACUCAUAAGAACAGUUUGGGACUUGAAGGUAAUUUGUCUCCCUUUUCGAGUUACCAUUUGCAUGUAAUUUUCCAGUCUUGAAAGACAAAAGUUUUACUGUUUUUUAUGCUGUGUUACUUAUCAUUUAUUCAUUAUAAUAGCAAAAUUAAAGUGAAAUCACUACCCUC